ACAAGCGGGAGUGGUUGGAGUGGUUGGAGUGGUUGGAAGUGGUUGUUUUUUCUCAAAAUCAUUAAAUCAUCCAUCCGGUCGUCUUUACUUUCUUCUUUUACAAACAACCAGUUAAUCAUAUUUUCCAACACCUCUUGUUUUACAUACAAAAAUCUCAAAACCACAGCCCUCUAUUAGGUCAAACGUCUUUUUCUUAAAUCGUCCUAGUAGGACCCUUCAUCAGCCACAGUUAGCAGCACUACACUGGGGCAAGUUGUUUCGUUCGCUCAUAACUAAAAAGAACCUAGCAACGCGAGUCUCGCUCGUAAAGGGAGAACGAGAGAUCAACAGACCAACAGACCAACAGACCAACACACAAAUUCAAAUAUCGCUGAGCCACCUUUGCUUGCGAUUCAAUUCCAAGGAGGAAGAACAACUCACAAGCGGUUUGUCAUUUCGCCUUCUCGUAAAAGCAUAAGACUUUAUCUAUCUAUCCUUCGGAUUUUGUGAAGGAUACGGAGUACAACGGCCCCUUAUCACAAUAUUAUAAUUUCGAUAAUAAUCUUAUAGCGAUACAACCAAGAGUACACGGACGACGAAUUGGAACAUUUGGAACAUCUGAACCCUUAAUCCCAAUCAACGAAAUCACUUGUAUUCCGGAAGAUCGCCUCACUUUGGAAAGGAAAAGAAAGACUUUUGCUCUCUCAUUCGAUUCUGUUAUCCAAAUCAUCAUCCGAUUUGGGACUGAAGCGCCGGUGGGUCAGCAGGAAUAAUUUCAGUUGCAUUUACGGACAUUCGACUCACAAAGGCCCUCGAGAGCCUGGCAGUGCCUUGUUAUCUGCCUACUCAUUUUACUCAUCUUACCCGUUUGACUACCAAUACAACCGCACUUUCGGACAAGAUCCACUCAAGAACGACCUGUAUCGCGUCAGCAAUCCCCCAGACAUAGUCAACUUGACAUUACAUUACAAAAACAUGGCUCCAAACGACUACAAUCUUUGUUAGUGAUUCCUUCUUCUCAUAGAUAUCUUUUGGUCAAUGGUCAUUAUAUCAAUACCCCUGCCGAGAAUUUAUUCUUAUUUCUUUUGGUUUUAAUACCCAUUGGUUGAUGGGUGAUACUUACUACUAUGUUCAAUUUAGACACUACGAAGCGGGCCGCGCGAAAAGAAGCAUGGCAUGGUCCAGGAACAGAAUGGAACCCUUUUUCGAAAACCACAAGACGCAGUAGUACAUUUCCAGCUCAACUUCCCGAUGAGGAAGCUUUAAGAGGUUUCGAGGACGCUGGCCUAAGAAAUGUAAAAACUGAAGAUGGACCACGAUCAUCAGCUAGUCAAGCACCGUUCUUUACUCAGCAAGGUGGAGGUGCUGUGGAGAUGCAGCAAUUGGACAAGACACCUACGAAUAAUGAAGGACGACCUAGUGAUCCAAGUACGGAAGGGACAAUUGUUGGAAGGCGAUCAUCGCGACAACCUAGCAUGGAAGAGAAGGCUCGACGAAGAUUCCUCAGCGGAUGGAACAAGAAGGACAGGGAACAGGUAGAUGGCGAAGAGAAGAAGAAAGGCGGAAUAUUCAAGGGAAAGGAAUUGAAGCAUGAACCUUUCACCGUGAGGAAUCAAUUACAAAACACCAUUUUCAAUUCGUGGAUCAACAUUUUACUCCUAGCUGCACCGGCCGGUAUCGCGCUCAACUACGCCAAGGUCAAUGGGAUUAUAAUUUUCGUCGUCAACUUCAUUGCUAUCAUCCCAUUGGCAGCUAUGUUGAGUUUUGCAACCGAGGAAAUCUCUCUCCAUGUAGGUGAAAGUUUAGGAGGCUUGCUAAAUGCUUCCUUCGGGUAUGUAUCACACAUCGCGCUCUAUGAUUUCAACUAACGUUAAUCAGAAAUGCUGUCGAAAUGAUCGUUGCAAUCAUUGCGCUAGCGAAAGGAGAAGUCCUCAUUGUCCAAACCUCCUUGGUUGGCAGUAUUUUAUCCAAUUUAUUACUCGUCAUGGGAAUGUGCUUCUUCUUUGGAGGACUUAGAAGAGAAGAACAAUUCUUUAAUCAAACAGUUGCUCAAACGGCUGCAAGUUUAUUGGCCCUCGCUAUAGCCAGUGUUAUUGUCCCUACCGCCUUCGAUUUAUGGAGCACAACAACCGAUGCUCCAAUUGCGGCUAUCUCUCGUGGUACCUCGGUCAUUCUUCUUGUGGUAUACAUCGGCUAUCUUUACUUCCAGUUGCAUACACACGCUACAAUCUUCAAUGAAGAGAGUCAAAAGGUACCAAUGAAGCCACGCAAGAAUGCUUUACCACAAGGUGCAAUCGCAAAGAGUUUGGCCAAGGCUGGUGGAAUUGGGGCGGGGCCUGGUAGAGCGAACAUCACGGAGCGACCACCUAACGACGAACUCAUCAACCCAAACGCACAUGAAGAGGGAGAGGAGGAGGAAGAAGGAGCACAACUACAUAUCUUGGUCGCCUGGGCUACACUUGCAGGUUGCACUGCUAUCAUUGGACUUUGCGCAGAAUUUAUGGUCGAUAGUAUUGGCGCAAUUACUGCUAAUGGUGCAGUUUCGGAAGAAUUUGUUGGUCUUAUUCUCCUUCCUAUCGUUGGAAAUGCGGCAGAGCAUGCCACUGCAGUAACGGUUGCUUGCAAGGAUAAGAUGGAUCUUGCAAUUGGUGUCGCCGUUGGUUCUAGUAUGCAAGUCGCGUUGUUCCUUAUCCCCUUGCUGGUCGUCAUCGGAUGGAUCAUGGGCAACGAUGCAAUGAACUUGAGUUUCGAUGGUUUCCAAGUUGCUGUCCUUUUUGUGGCUAUCUUACUGGUCAACUAUUUGAUUGGUGAUGGUAAGAGUCAUUGGUUGGAAGGAAUGCUUUUACAAUGCCUGUACAUGUGAGUAAUAUUUCUCAUCUUCAUGUUAUCUUCUACUGACAGUUCAAUAGAAUCAUCGCAGUAUGUGCUUGGUACUACCCAGCAACAGGUGUUGCAUAAACUAAACCAUACCAAAAACUAUUAAGCCAAAGAUCCUGCUUCUGGCUCAAUGUCGAGCCAAUACUGUUGAAGUCCAACUUUUAUUGGUAUUUUUAGCCCCUCUCAACGCGGCCAAUUUCUUCGUUUCAUCACGAGGUUAUUCUUUUAACAGCCACAUCCAUCCUCGAUAUUUACGGCACACACAAUUAACAUUUAAUGUUUAUGCCCCCCCUUUCAUCAUUCUUUUUGUUCAUACUUUACAUAGCCCGGUACACCAAAUACGGCAUACCCCAACUGUACAAUAUGAACGCCACCUCUUUUCACGCAUGUACAUAACCCACAAAAUCACAGGCGUUUUUAUGCAAGGGAGUUGUUUGCUACCUUGGUUAGGUGUCAUAGGAGUUAGAUUCGAUACAUACUAUUCGCAUUUGUUCGCAUUUUCAGUGGAAGAAGAUAGACGGUUGAAGACGAAUGUGGCAUGAAUGCAAAAGAUACCAAAUAGAGUUUGCGAGGGA